GUUUCCACACGUAUGAGGUGCAGCUAUUUGGCCGUCUACCUAAUGGCGGAAAAUACCGCAAUGUUGGUAUUAAAUACCACAGCAUAAACUAAAAAAUACAAGUUCCUAAUAAUGGCAUUAAUUGAUCCCUCCUCAAACAAGCGUAUUAUGGUAUGUUAUACAGACACUAGACAUAAUGCACAAUUUUAGCGCACGUGAAAAGUAUUUGAUUUCGAACACAUUAAACUGUUUGCCCGUAAUACUGCAAGGACGUGCCGUGCUCAUAGAUCUGCGAAAUGAGACAUCAGUAGCAGGGAUUAUAAGUAUCGCUGACGGCCAUAUGACUUGCGAGCUGACAGACGCGGUUUUUAUUGAUCGUAAUGGUCAGUACCAUGCGUUCGACCACUUCAUGAUACGCAAUCGUAUGAUUCGUCUGCUGCAUAUACCACCGGACCUGGAUAUUGGUCGUGAGCUUUCGCAGCUGCACCGCAAACCCACUAGAAAGACCAAGACCAAUGCCAAGCGUACCUUUAAGCAAAAGCGCGCAGAAGAGCGACACAAGGAAACUUUGGAGAGCAUCAAAACUCAGAGGAAGGCUGAGAAACCGAAGGAAGAUAUAGAACUUGGCAAAAAUUAAGAACAAAUAAACCAC